AUGUGGAUUGGGAAACUAUAUGGCAUCCUAUGCGUGGCUAUAACGUGCCAGGACAAGAGCAAUCCAAUCAUACCAAAUCUGACAGGCGUGCUUGAGAAGUACACCCAUAAGAUCAACCAAUGUUUGAUCAUAGGAAAAUACGAUGAAUGCCCACCAGAUACAAUCGAAACUCUUUCUUUCGCAUUGGGCACUCGAUUUGUUCAAAAGCAGGAUCCAAAUAUUGGAAACUUGAUCCUUCUUGGUGUUGUGAUAAGAAUGGCUCGGCGCAUGGGCUACCACCGUGAUGCAUCAUACUUUCCUAAGAUUUCCCCUUUCGACGGUGAAAUGCGACGAAGAGUGUGGCACUUGAUCACGGAUAUGGAUACUAUGAUGUCCCUUUCCGUUGGGCUCCCUCGGCUGUUGAAAGAGUCCCAAUCAGAUACCGCUCGUCCUCGAAAUCUGCUAGAUGAGGAUUUUGACGAAGACUCGACUGCACUCCCUCCAUCACGGCCCGACCACCUCCAUACACCCUGCCAAUGGUUACUUGCGAACAAUAAGAUGAAUUCUGUUUUUGGUGCUAUUGCCGAUUUCUCAACCUCAGUCCGACUUCCAAGUUACGCAGAUGCUAUGAAGCUGGAUAAACUGCUUGAUGAUACGUACGCUUCACUUCCAGAAAAUCUCCAUGAACGGUCGCUGGAAAUGUCACUAUUGGAUGAUACGCGUAUAAUCUUUCAUCGUAUAUUACUCGCUCUUACUCGUUCAAGGGCAAAGUGCGUCUUGCAUUAUCGCUAUCUAGCACCUGCAAGAACUGAAGAAAAGUUCUCAUACUCGCGCGACGCCUGCGUUCACGCAUGUCUUCACAUCCAUGAAUACCAUUGUCUAGUCAAUAAAGAGAUCCAGCCCGGUGGGCGACUCUUUUCCGAUCGAUGGAGGACAAGAGGUCCAAUGAUAAAUGGCAUGUUUAUGUCGGCAACAACCAUGCUCUGUCUAGAACUGAACUAUGAUAUUUUAGUUGAUCUUGCGGAUUCAAAGCAUAUACCACUGGCUGAAAACUUGAGAAUGCAAAUAGUGGAGGCCUUGCAAAACUCAUACCAACACUGGGCUGCAUCUAGCGAAGGGUCAGAUGGAUCUAAAAAAACAGUUCAAGUUUUGGAUUUGAUACUCAUUAAGAUUCGUGGUCAGAAACAGACCACUCCAUCUGGGCCUGCUGCGAGCAUUCCGACAUUUCCUGGCCCAUUAACCCAAUCAACCUCACCUGCCUGGCAUGCAUUGGAUCAGGGGUUAAGUAAUCCACUUGAUCACGAGCCGUACCAUUCUGCCCCAUAUUCAAAUAUGGAACCUGGAUUUCUGGACCUGGUAUGUACAUUUGAUUUCAUGUGUUUCCAGACCAACCGCUGA